AUGUCGAAAGAGUUCUCCACCAAAGACGUAGCCGAGCGCAACACCGUCGACAAAGGAUUAUAUAUCAUUAUCGACAAUAAUGUCUACGAGAUGGGUGGCUUCGUAGACGAACACCCAGGCGGAGCGAAGAUCCUCAAGCGUGUGGGUGGCAAGGAUGCGACGAAGCAGUUUUGGAAGUAUCACAACGAGUCGGUUAUGAAGAAGUAUUCUGAGCGGCUAAAGGUUGGGACGGUGAAAGAGUCGGCGAAGUUAUGA